GCAGCGCGUGCAGUGCGUGCAGGGGUGUCUGGAACCGGCGGUGCAGUUGGCUGGCAUCCCGGGAGCGGACAACGCCUCCGCUAAGAAGGAGGUGCUGGAGCGGCCGCCAUGUUCUCCGGCAGAGUGCUGCUGCCCGGCGGCGACGCGGCGGGCGACUGCACGCUGCGUACCUCCGAUGGCGGUUCGUUCGAGGCGCACCGCAGCUAUCUUUCCAACAUGAGCCCGUACUUCGCGGGACUGUUCCGCGAGCAAUUCGGCUCGCACCAGGACGUCGUCGUCAGCGGGGUCAGUGCCGCCGUGCUCGACGCGCUCCUCACGUUCCAGUACACAGACCAGCUAUGCGUGAAUGCUCACAACAUCCUGGAGGUGCUGCGGGCGGCCGACAUGCUCCUGCUGGAAGCAGCUCGAAAACAAUGCCUGAAGCUGCUGCUGAAUUCAAUGGGGAUCGACAACUGUCUAAGCCUGGCCGCCCUCACGCGCCAGUACUACUGCCCGAGCUUCGAGGAUGCCGUGUUCACCUUCGUGCGCGGAAACUUUGACGAGAUCUGGCAACGCAGCGAGGAGUUCCUGGACACUCCUGCAUGGCUCAUGUAUGACCUGCUCUCGUCGCCGGAGCUGAACGUUGAGCACGAAGAUAACGUGCUUCACGCCGUAGCAAAAUGGUGCACGUCAGGCUCGCCUGCCUCGGUGCCCCACGGCACCGUGUUGCUACAGCUGCUUCAGUGUGUCCGCAUUGGCCGAUUCAGGAAAGAGGCUCUGGACCAGUUUGCCAGUCGGUGGCCUUCGCUGAUCGACACAGCCGAGUACCGGGCCGCAAUCUCUCAGGCCUUGAGAUUAGGCCCCUGCAUGUGCGCGCCCAACAAGCUGAUGCGCGCAUUGACUGAACCAGAAAAGCCGCCACCGCCGACUCCUCCAGCAAACGCGGCUCCGAAACCGGCCGUGGCUGGCGCCCUGGCUGUCAAUGAGGCCGGCAACCAGUGGUUCGCUGAAAUUGCUUUUGGCCAAGCAGCGCAAAUGCAAGCAAACGCGCUUGCAGCCGGGCAAGCAGCCGGGCCAGCAGCCCCUGUAGCAGCCCCGCCGAAAGCGCCCGAACCUGAAAUCGUGCCCAUGGAUCUGAAGCAGGCGUGCUGUCAGAAGUGCGGUCUUACGAACCCCGAGCGCUGGCUGCCGCGGUUGCCGAGUGAGGUGAUCUUCAUUAUCGGUGGCUGGACUAACCGCCAGCCCCGAGCCACCAUCGAGACGUACGACCCGCGAGUCGACCGUUGGUUUCAGCACAAGGACGACGCCUUCAGUGCAAGAGCGUACCACGGCGUGGUGCUGUUACGGCGUCGCAUCUACAUACUGGGCGGCCUCAAGCUGCGCGCCUACCUGCGCACCAUUGAUAGCUACGACCUGGACAGUGGCAAGUGGACCCAUCACUCGCCGAUGAACGUGUCGCGGGCCUACGUGGCGGCGGCGGCGCUCGGAGAGUACGUCUACGCCAUGGGCGGCCACACCGGCGUUGAGCGCACGCCCACCGCGGAGCGUUUCUGCCCCCGUACAAACCAGUGGACUAUGGUUGCGCGUAUGAUGAGAAGGCGAAGCGACGCCGCUGUGUGUGCUUUCAAAGGUCGGCUGUACAUUAGCGGCGGCUACAACGGCCGCAAACUGCUCGAGAGCGUGGAGGAGUAUAAUCCAUCGCUGGACUCGUGGUCGCUGGUGCGACCGUUGCCCUAUGCCCGCUGCAGCCACCGCAUGAUCGGGCUCGGCGGCCGGCUAUACGUCAUUGGGGGCUUCGACGGACGCCGUCGGCUGUACACAGUGCUCCAAAGCGACGAAAGCCUUCCACUGAAAUGGCACAAGGCACCUCCGCUGACCUGCGCCCGCAGCACGUGCGCCGUGGCGACGCUUGGAGGUGUCAUCUAUGUCAUUGGCGGCUUCAACGGGACGGCAAUUGUGGCGGACGUGGAGUGCUACACGCCGGGAGACAAGAGCUGGAAGAAGGCCAAGCCACUCAAUGGGCCCGUCACCGCGAUGUCUGCGGUCGUUCUCAGCGGUACCAAUGUGACGCGAAAGUUCUCGGCCCGGGGAGCCUUGCUGCCGCCUGUGACACCACAGGCUUCCUGACACGUCGAACCGUAGCAAGAGCAUCUAACACGCCGCAGCACAACACCACCGCUCACACGAAAUAGCGGCUGCAGAUAACUUAUUUUAUUUAUGACGCGCUUAAAAUUUUGAGACGAAACGGUUAUCUAUUAGUGCGUAUGGAGCGUUAAUUCUUUAGUUCCCUGCCCUAGAAGAACGGUCAUAAAUCUUUACUAUGCACCCCAUCCAACUUUACUGCCCUCGACUUUCGCUCGUUCUAUACGUCAGCAUCCAGGAUGCUAGAGUGCGUAAGCGUACAACCUACUAUGGUGCCUUCAUUGAAACUGAUAGUAUUCCUCGUACACUGAGAAAGGAAUCCUCACGCAAAGUGGCUUCCAGUUCGGGCGUCUGAAAACCCCUGUAGCCGGCAGUAGCAUUAUUUUAUUCUCAUAACACUAGCGAGUCCGGUAAAAGCUAUGGCCUGACUGCGUCUAAGAGAACUUUUAAAAAAAGUUUGUCGUUCAGAAGAGCGUCAAAGCGCUGCCACCAUUUGGUAGGUACCACUAUGUGGUAGGUAUUUGGUAGCAUGCAGAACGAUGACCUAUACUGAACCACGAUGGCGUAUUGAAGAAGGCAGCUGGUAGUUUCUGAACUAUGUCCCCGCCUCGCCGGUCUAAACUAGUUGGAACAUCCGUGCAAAGAUCAGUGUGGAUUGCCGCUCCUUUUAUAUGGACUGGCCAUGAGCCGCAUGGAACAUCGGCAGCAGCAAGGACCAUCAGAGAAGGGCUCUUCGACGGCCUAUCUUAGCACAGCACUACG